GUAUUACAACCACGGUGACAGAGUGAUUCAAUUCAUACUCUGAAAAGUCAGGGCGCACUCCGGGAGACAGACUGCUGUAACUGCUCUGAUACAUCGGCUCUGUCACCGAGAGCAGCUUAUUCGGUUAACGACUCAUAGCCUAACCAAUGGCUAAGGGAGAAGGUGUGGAACAGUAUUCUGCUGCGAAUUUAUUACAAAAACCGACAAGUCCAGACGGGAUCAAAUUAGCCGUUAAGCACGAGCAGGUGACCAGGCUGUCGGUAUGCAACAAGAUCUGCUACGCCAUCGGGGGCGCCCCCUACCAGAUCACGGGGUGCGCGCUGGGCUUCUUCCUCCAGAUCUACCUGCUGGACGUGGCACAGCUGGACCCUUUCUAUGCCUCCAUCAUCCUGUUCGUUGGUCGGGCCUGGGAUGCCAUUACUGACCCCACUGUCGGCUUUCUCGUCAGCAGGAGCCCCUGGACCCGAUACGGAAGAAUGAUGCCCUGGAUUCUGCUCUCUACCCCGUUUGCAGUGGCGUCGUACAUGUUGAUCUGGUACGUCCCAGCGUUUGAGCAGGGCAAGGUGGUCUGGUACCUCGUCUGCUACUGCCUGUUCCAGACCCUGCAGACGUGUUUCCAUGUGCCCUAUUCGGCCCUCACCAUGUUCAUAAGCUCGGAGCAGAAGGAGCGGGACUCGGCCACCGCCUACAGAAUGACAGUGGAGGUGCUUGGGACGGUAUUGGGCACAGCUAUCCAGGGACAGAUUGUAGGGGCCUCCAAUGCCCCCUGUAUUCGAGGGGAACUGGAUGAGGUCAAGGAGUUCAAUUCCACGGCUGCUGAGUCUGACAUGAACACCACCCAGACUCACGUGUCCCUGGCUGAAACAAGAAGCGCUUACCUGAUCGCAUCCGGGGUCAUCAGUGCCAUUUACGUCCUCUGUGCCAUCAUCCUGGUCUUGGGAGUGCGGGAGAAGAAAGACGCGGGCCGACACAAGUCGGAGAAGCCCAUGACGUUCUUCCAGGGUAUGCGUCUGGUCAUGGGACACGGGCCUUACGCCAAGCUGGUCAUCGGCUUCCUGUUCACCUCCCUGGCCUUCAUGCUGUUGGAAGGAAACUUUGCUCUCUUCUGCUCUUACACCCUGGGCUUCAGAAACGACUUCCAGAACAUCCUGCUGGCCAUCAUGCUGUCUGCUACCUUGAGUAUUCCAUUCUGGCAGUGGUUCCUGACCAGAUUUGGGAAGAAGACCGCUGUGUAUGUUGGGAUCUCGUGGGUGGUUCCCUUCAUGAUCCUCAUCGUCUCCAUUAAGAGCAAUCUGAUCGUGGCCUACGUGGUGUCUGUUGCUGCUGGCAUCAGUGUGGCUGCUGCCUUCCUCCUGCCCUGGUCCAUGCUUCCAGAUGUAGUGGAUGAUUUCAAGGUGAAAAAUCCCGACUCCCGGGGCUACGAGGCUAUUUUUUACUCCUUCUACGUCUUCUUCACCAAAUUUGCCUCCGGCGUGUCCCUGGGAAUCUCCACGCUGAGUCUCGACUUUGCUGGAUACCUGACGAGAGGCUGCACACAGCCAGAGGCCGUGAAUUUAACCCUCCGGAUGCUGAUCUCGCCGGCGCCCAUCGUGCUGAUCAUCCUGGGCCUGAUCAUCUUCAAGCUGUACCCCAUCGACGAGGAGACGCGCCAGGGCAACCGCAAGCUGCUGCAGGAACUGCGGGAAAGCGAGCAGGACUCGGAGACAGACUCACACGAGAUGGGAAGCACAGUGUAAUGGCGGCUCAGCCAGCACGGGGACACCUAGGACGUUGCACAGGAUGAUGGUGGAGGCGAUGGGUCUGUCCUGGCUGGGCGGCGAGAGUUUAGCUACGAAACGGAGGGGGGGGGGGAUUGAGAGAAAAACACUUCUGGCCAGCACUGCUGCUUAAAGCCCAGCUCGGGAAAAGAGCAGAACGGAACCUGACCAGCCCUGGGCCUGCAGCGCACAUGGGCUUCCGCAGCUCGGAAAUCUGAGCGACACGGAAUGGACGUCAACUGUAUUUCUCGUCUUGUCUGUGUUCGUUUCCUUGUAGUGUGGGUGGGCGAUUUUGAAAGAGGAGCGACCCGUUCUAACCUGCCAAACAAGCAAGGCAACUGCAAUCAAAUAAACGCAAAGUCUGAGUCUCACAGGCAGGGUAAAUGCUUUUGGUGAGAGCAGAACUAACCAGCAAUUUAAUACAAAUAUAUGACAAACUGUGGGAGCAAGAAACUCCCUUUAUGUACAAUAUUUGCACAGUACGAUUCAAUGCUUAAGAAACCUUAGCCUCAGGUUUAUGACAAUGAUUGCCCACUGUCCUGCUGCUGCAUUUCCAGCAUCUGGUUACUGCCAAGUGCAUUACGAUAAACAUGUUUAUGCAGCUGGAUGUUUCAGUUUUGGAUUAAUAUUGACCUUGACUAACUAUAGAUCAUGUUUCCCUUUCUCGGGAAUUGCUUGAAGCACUUAUAAGUGAAUGGUUUAGAGUGGGGAGUAAGUCCUAAAAGUUGGAAGGCGUGAAAAGAGGAAGGCAGGAGCCCGAGUGAAGUAUUUAUUGAACUGAAACCUGUCGAGUUGGAACAAUUUGUGUAAGUAGGACCUGCUUGCUCCUACUUUUAUAAAUGUGUUACGUAGGCUUCCUUGUAUUUAUUAUUUAUGCAUGAUGCACAGGCUUCUCCAACUGCUCUCUGAAAGCUGUGGGUGGGAGUGCCACUUGUAAAAUGAGGUAUUUCUAUGGAGCCCCUGUUGCUGUGUUAAUGGCACUUUUGAUCUUUGCUGGAACCAAUAUUCCCUGAAAAGACUGCAUGUUCAGAGCACAGGGUAUCCAGCCCUUGGCCAUAUUGUUUACUGAGAAGGUUUACGUAAAUCUUAGCCUCCGUGUCUGCUGACAUGAGCUCUUUCAUACUUCUUCACAAAUAAUUGAGAAAUAAGUUGGAAAAAUGUGAGGGAAAAAGGUAAAACAAAUUUAGAGAACUCUAAUAUUUAUUUUGCAGUUUUGGGGAAGAAAAUUACUGUAAGUUGGUGGGACAGGAGGGGGCUAUAAUUGUCUUGUGUAAAUGGUAACUGCGUCCAGGGAUGGAUAGUUACUAGUGGUGACUGUGGAGAGCCUAAUGAUGUGGUAGCUGCUGGAUGUUUCACAAAUAGAAGAGAUUUCAUAUCUUUAAAAGGUAUGGAAAUUAGAAACUUCAUAUAUAUAUUAUAUUACAGCUUCAUAUGUUAUACAUAUGUUUAUGCCUUUGAAGAAGGCAACAUUUUGUAGAAACACGCAGUAUGUGGACCAUUCUGGAGAAGACGGCCUCAGCCCACACUGGCUCGUCUUAAAGCAGGCGGGGAAUUGCUUUGACUCUUCCCUGUCUGUAAUACUCUACUCUUCAGUGGACAAGUGCCAGACUCUUUUGCAUAAGAACAGUCUUACAACCAACAGGAGGACAACUCUGCUUUAAACCAGUAGGUGCUUAAAAAGGAGUGCAACAUCAUUUUACAUUUCACCAAAGACACUAGGCUGACUAUUUUAAACUCAGAGGUUAACAGUUUAAGAUGUACAUCAGGAGUUCUCCAGCCCAGGUCUAGAGGAGUUCCAAUCCAGUGGGUUUUAUAGAUACCCUUUGAAUCAACUGGUGGUAAAUCCUGAACUGUUUAAACAGGUAUGGUGUUCCAUUCAGUAUUAGUUCCCUUCAUUGAAACAUGUAAGUGAACAAUUACUGCAACAAGUGUCUUAAUCUUUACUGAAGUGAUUGAAGGUGACCUAGAAGAAUAAUUGGACUGGGGCACUCCAGGACCAGGGCUGGAGCUCCCUGUGGCAGAAUUCAAGACCAAAUUGAUCAAACAGGAGCUUUGAAUGGAUAGAAGCUUAAGCACCAAGAUCUACAGUCUGCAAUGGCAGCAGUUACUUGAUCUAAACUGUCCCUCAACUUGUUCCCCCCCCCCCCAUCUGCUAGGGGCUGCUUUUCUUUUGGGGGAGGGAGAGGAGGAGAGAGAACUUUCGUUAGAGCAGCUCUUGAAGACAGAGGUCAUUACUGUACCCCUUCUUAUUGUACAUAGUGUAAAUACUUGCUCAGCUGGUGUGGUUAUGAUGUUUAACAUGAAGACUAAUUUUGUAAUUAAAUUAAUUCUGUCCAGGAGUUGUUUUUGUUUGAUAUUGACAAGUCUUCUAAUAAUAAAGGGUGCAGUUAUGGAAGAUGAA